AUGGCAACUUCACUUCUAGGGGAAGAGCCGAGGUUGGGAUCUACUCCUUUAGCCAUGUUAGCUGCUACCUGUAACAAGAUUGGGAGUCCAAGUCCUUCUCCAUCGUCCAUUUCGGAUACUUCCGCGUCCUUCGGCAAAGGCUUUCACCCGUGGAAGAGGGCAGCGCCCAGCAGCUGCAACCUGGGCUCCAGCCUCUCCACUUUCGGCGUGUCCGGGAGCAGUAGCAGGAGCGGCGGCGGGCUGGGGGACUCCUUCAGCGGCAACUCCUCCGCAGGAUCCAGCGCCUUCUCCUUGACGCCCAGCAACUCCUCCACGUCCCCGUUUGGAAACGAUUACUCCGUUUUCCAGGCGUCCGUGUCCGGCAGUUCCCAGGAGCCCGGACACCAGCCCGUGUUUCUCUCCAAGGUGCACACGUCCGUGGACAGUCUGCAGGGCAUCUAUCCGCGGAUGAGCGUCGCGCAUCCCUACGAGUCCUGGUUCAAAUCCCCCCACCCGGCUAUCCCCGCAGGUGAUGUGGGCACCGGCGGCGCCUCGGCGUGGUGGGACAUGGGAGCGGGCUGGAUUGACGUCCAGAACCCGAACGGAGCCGCGCUCCAGACCUCCUUGCACUCGGGGGGUCUUCAGACCUCUUUGCAUUCGCCGCUGGGAGGCUACAACUCGGACUACUCCGGUCUGGGUCACUCUGCCUUCGGCACGAGCGCCUCGCCGCACCUCCUCAGCACCGGCCAGCACCUCAUGGACGGAUUCAAGUCGGUGCUGCCCGCCUCCUAUCCCGACCCCAGUCCGCCUCCUUUGGCGGGCGCUGGAGGAGCGAUGCUGAGCGGGACCCCCGCCGGGUCCCCGCGCUCCUCCGCGCGCCGCUACUCGGGCAGGGCCACGUGCGACUGCCCCAACUGCCAGGAGGCAGAGCGUCUGGGGCCGGCCGGCGCGAGCCUCAGGAGGAAGGGGCUGCACAGCUGUCACAUCCCGGGCUGCGGGAAGGUGUACGGCAAGACGUCCCACCUGAAGGCGCACCUGCGCUGGCACACCGGCGAGAGACCGUUCGUGUGCAACUGGUUGUUCUGCGGCAAGCGCUUCACGCGCUCCGACGAGCUGCAGCGGCACCUGCGCACGCACACGGGGGAGAAGAGGUUCGCGUGCCCCGUGUGCAACAAGCGCUUCAUGCGCAGCGACCACCUGAGCAAGCACGUGAAGACGCAUAGCGCGGGGGGGUCCGCCGAGCCGGGCUCCGGGGGCAGCGGGGGCAAGAAGGGCAGCGACACCGAGAGCGAGCACAGCGUCCCCGGCAGCCCCCCGUGUCACUCCCCCGACAUGAUGCACCCCUCGGAGCCCGUGGCCCCCGGGGGGAUGAACGGCCACAGGACCUCCAUGGAAUGAAUGAAUGAGGGGCAAACCCGGAGCUGUGCGGGAGCUACCGUCACGCGCGCGCGCUCCAGUGUCCUGAGCCUGAGGCUCGGUCCUCGUCAGAAUUUC